AUGGCAACACCCAUACCUGGAGUCCAGGUCCAGGUCCAGGACAAUGGAUCCGGCUCCGCCUCUACCACCACUCCUACCUCAACGACGGCACCCAGCGCCCCCGGCUUCCCCGUCCAGAUAACCGAGCGGCCGGCGCCCGUCGCCAACAUGGCGUCCAACAUGACCACCAUGGUCUUCGACGGCCCAAAUUCGACGGGCAAGGCAGUCAAACGGCCACGGCCCGUCAAGAGCUGCAACUCGUGCCGCCAGCGCAAGCUGCGCUGCGACCGGACCUGCCCCUGCUCGCAGUGCCAAAAGUCCAACCGCGUGUGCAAGUACGCAAACGAGCACGAGAUCGGCCCUGGGUCCGAGGGAUCCGACGUCGAGGCCUCUCCUAGGCCCGCCAAGCGCCAGUACCGGCCGGCCCCACCAUAUCCACUGGACGCACCAUCACCACAGCUGCAGCCAGGCCCCGGGCCCAUGGGCCUGGGGCUGGGGGCUGGAGCGGCAGCGGGGCUGGGGGGCGUCGGUGAGCAGCAGCCUCGUGGCGUGCCAGGGUCGGUGCUCGAGCAGUUUGGCAGCCGGCUGGAGCGGCUGGAGAAGUUCGUCUUCAGUUCGAGCCCCGCCUCCACCGCCGGAGGAGCCGCACAUGCAGCGGAAUGGGGCCCGUCGCGGAACCCCUACGCGGCUUAUGCCGCGGUGAUGGGGUCGCCGGCCACGAUCCGGAGCCUGAGUGUCAAGGGCAACCUGCGAACCCGAUUUUUCGGCCAGAACAGCACGAGGGUGCUGCUGAACCUGUUUGACGAGGCCAGGGAGUUCAUCUUCAGCAAGUCGAGGGGCGGCGACAUCAGGAUGCUGUUCGAGCAGCUGCACAAGAUCCACCGCGCCCUGCAGGAGGAAAACAAGCGGGCGCUGGCGCCCAUCUCGGUCUUCACCGACUCGAUGCUGCCGGUGCAGAAGAGGAUGGCCGACAUUCUGCCAGGCAAGGCGACCUGCGAUCGGCUGCUGGACGCGUACAUCUCCAUGUCCGAGGGCAUCUACCGCAUUGUCCAUGUGCCGUCCUUCAAGGCCGAGUACGAGGCCUUCUGGGCCCAGACGGGCGUGUCGGACGGCUUCCUCCCGCGUCUGAUGUGCAUGCUUUCGCUGGGCGCGCGGUUCGAGACGGAAGCGCGAGGGCUGAGCCACGACCGCGCGGACGGCAUCAACGCGCCAACGGCAUGCGCGCUCACGCGAGCGUGGCUCGACGGGCUCCGGGGCAAGCAGCUGGUGGACAUGGACACGCUGCAGUGCGAGGUGCUGCACCUGCACGCGUCACGCAUGAUGCUGUCGCGCAACCAGGAGUCGUGGGCGCAGCUGGGCUUCAUCGUGCGCAUGGCCAUGACCAUGGGCCUGCACCGCGAUCCGGACGAGUUCCCACAGAUUCGACCCUUCUACGCCGAGCUGCGCCGGCGCAUGUGGUACACCAUUGUCGACAUGGACCUGCACCUCGCGCUGGCCUGCAACCUACCCGGGGCCGUCCGCGAGGGCGAGUACACGUGCCGCCCGCCGAGCAACCUCGACGACGCCGACAUCUUCCCGGACAUGAAGGCGCUCCCGCCGUCUAGGCCCAUCGACGAGUACACCAAUACACAGCUGCAGGCAUACGCUUCGCGUACGCUGGCCCACCGCAUUCGCGUGUCGACCAUCAUCAACCGCCUCGAUACUAUCCGCGACUUCCACGAGGUGCUCGACUGCGGCACUAAGCUGGAGCAGCUGCUAGACGACGUCAAUCACCUGUUUCCGCGGCGCAACCAGACGCUGGAUCCGCGGGCCAAGUUCAAGGACUGGCGCAUGCGCGCCCUGCUGGACAUGCACGUGCGCCGCCCCUUGCUGGCGCUGUAUCGGCCAUUCGCCCUCAGCACUGUUGAGUGCCCUGCCCACAUCACCACCAGCUACCUCAAGUCCUCCAUGACCAUGCUGACUUACAUGGACGAGCUGGACCCGCGUACCCCGGGCUUCGGCGACGUUAGCCACAUGUACCACGUUGUCCUCAAGCACGAUAUCAUGCAGGCCGCCUUCAGCGUCUGCUACUUCAUCAAGCUGGCCAGCGAGGAGCAGGAGCAGCAGAUGGUGCGCCAGCAGCAUUUCGCCAAUCAACACCAACACCAACACCAACAGCAGCAGCAGGCCCAUCGACCCCACAGCACGACUACCUCUCCCACAGCCACGAUGAACGGCCAGCUCCCAAGCCCGGACACACACACGUACGCGCGCACAUACGACGGCGGCAUAAACAGCGGGGGCAUCAGCUUCACCAACGCUCUAGACAACCGCAUGGUGUGGUCGACGCAGGGGAUGACACGCGCCGUGCAGGGAACGCUGGACAGCUUCGCGGCCAUGGUCAAGGACGACCCCGCGUGCGACCUGCUCAAGGACACGGUGGUGCUGGCGGUGGUGCUUGGUUCCGUGGCGGGCGGGACCCCAGACGAGCGGGCGCGGCGCAUCGCGAGGGGCGUCGCGCGCAUUGUGGACGCCGGGUCCGCCGCGCUCAACGCCAGCCCUGAGGCUAUCGCCAGCAUGCCCGGGCCCCCUGGCAGUGGUGGGUCUGGUUCUGCUGGAAGCGGUGGCGCAGGACUGCUUGAUGGGAGCUCGUAUGGGUCUGUUGGUGGUGGGGGCACGGGGUAUAGUCCUACCACUUUCUUCGAUGACUUCUCUUACUGGGACAUGGACCAGUGGGACCUAGCGACUGUCCCGGUCGGCCUGAACUAG